AGCUCUCCAGCUAAGCAUCGCUCGGCCCGUGCAAGUCAGUGCUGAAUUGAGACUCGACACGAUCAGUUGAUAGAAUGAGAAACAUUUGUGCUAUUCUCUGCCUGGGCCUGUGCAUGCUAGGCUUCAGUCUGGCCGAAAGGGAAAACUAUUGUGAACGGAAUGUGACAACGAGGACUUUGGUGCCCGUAACGAAGCAACGGACCGUGGUCAAACAGCCUUCCAAGUGGAAGUUGUGGAAGAAGGCGGAGAAGAUUACCGAGUUCUACAAUACGCACGAGGAGCAGAUUAGCUACAAACUCAUUUCCGAAUGUUGCCCGGGCUACUCGCAAGUGGGCGAGUCGGGUCUGUGUGAGCCCGUCUGUGAGCGUGGCUGUCCGGCUCACGCCAGCUGUGUGGCUCCCCAGCGCUGUCAAUGCACCAGCGGCUAUAUAUCGGCCGUUGCACAUCGUGACGGUAGCCACUAUUGUGAGCCCAUCUGCGAGCGGAGCUGUCCAGCGGGCAGCCAUUGUGUGGCGCCCAAUACAUGCGAGUGUAAGCCGGGCCAUCAGCCUCUGCCGCCCACCGGAGAUGGAGUCAGUGCGCCCUGUGCACCGGUCUGCCAGGUGGGCAACGGCUGUGCCAAUGGCCAGUGCGUCGAUGUGGAAGUCUGUGCGUGUAAUCGUGGCUAUUUCUGGAAUGCCGAGAGCAACAGCUGCCAGCUGCGCGACGACGACACGAUGAUGAAGUUGACCAGCGAUGAUGUCACCGAACCGGAGGAGCACCUAAGCAAAUCAUCGUCCACCCCAUCGACCAUCACAGCCUUCGAUUGCGAAGAGGGCUACAUCCUCUAUGCGGGCGAGUGUCGUGCCGAGUUCUUUGAGAGCAGCGAUGGCCGAGCGAAGGAGCAGCAUUGUGCUCAGACGGGCUGUGGUCCGCAUCAGAGCUGCGAUGCUCAGGGCAAGUGUAGCUGCAAUGCGGGCUAUGUGGAGGAGGCGAGCGAGGAUGCGAAUGCCAAGCUCUCGUGUCGUCGUGGCCUGCUGGAGCAACUGUUGAGCAUCGAUCAGGCAGCCGAUGAUGAGAAUCAAUUGAAUACUCUGACAAUACCCAUUGUGGGCGUGGCAUCGGGCGCAUUGUUGGUAAUUGUGAUUGUGGGACUGGUGACCGGAGUGCGUCGGCGACGCAAGCAAGAGCCAAACGACUCGCUGCCCAAGGAGCCAGUGCUGCAGUGUGAAUAUACGCAGAAGUCGUACGAUGUGGAUGAGUGGGUGCCAUAGAGAGAGAGAGAGAGAGAGAGAGAGAGA